GUGGCGAAGAGGGCACAAGAGAAGGAGAAUAUAAUGACCAUGGCAUUACACAGAACGUCUCAGCUUUUGAAAACCGAACGCAGCGCACAACUGACGGCGAUUUGGGCAUGGAUAACGCGCGCGACGUUCUUUGAGUCGGUUAAUGUCCUCGUACCUGCUUUGGGGACAAAAUGAGGGUUAUUUACGUCCUGAACGCUGGGCUCGUCGCUGCUUUCUCGGGAGGCGACGACGAUGAAGGUUUUUCCCUUUUAUUUUUGACUUCGUGAAAUGAAACGAUACAGCAUUAUACAGGAGACGAGAAACACCGCCCUGCAAAUUUAGCUAUGUAGACCGACAGAUGCAUGCCACUACUCGAGAAAUUACUUAAAUUAGCAGAGAUAUUAAAUGUAGGCUACCAUACAAUAUAUUUGAAUAUUUUCGCGUUUAAAUUAGACCAGUCCCGUGCAUUUUUGUGUAUUUCUUGUUGGGAUGCGUUAUCAGGAAGUGAAAGUAGACGCAGGCUAAAUGAUAAACUGCAAUAUUCUUGAAGGCUCAACCCAAAUUAAUCACCACCCUAUGAGCAUAUAUGCAUUCAUUAGUAAAAGCGUAUUAUAGGCUACUUUGUAUCAUAGGCUAUUAGCGAUAUUUAUGGACUGGACAGGACAGCACAAUUAGCGUUAAUCUGUCUUUCUUGAAAGAAUGUGGGAGCCAACUGUAAUAUUUAUAGUUGCGUUACUCCAAGCAAAUAUAAAAUUGGAACAGUAAAACAGGCCUAAAAUAUAUGCAUUGACAAUCUGAUAUCCAAUCUAUGUAUUAUUUUUUUACGCAUUAAUAUUUGUACGUUAUUUAUUUAUUUAUUGUCGGUAGUUAGGCCAUUAUUAUUAUUAUUAUUAUUAUUAUUAUUAUUAUUAUUAUUAUUAUUAUUAUUAUUAUUAUUAUCAUCAUCAUCAUCAUCAUUAGGCUAUUAUUAAUAUUAUUAAUAAAAACAGAGAAUACAAGGUCGUGUCAGGGUUGAUAACCUUACAUUGAGAUGGAGGCUGCGAGUUUAUCAUCCCAGGGACUGGCCGAACCUGGAGCCGCGCAAUCCCAAGGCUCCCCAGGGAAAUCAAGGGGUGAGCAGCGGUCUCCGCCGUCAUCCGUCGGGCAGUCACCGAGGCGCUCCGGCGUGAAGAAGCACCAUCACACACACAACCUGAAACACCGCUACGAAUUACUGGAGACGCUCGGGAGAGGGACGUACGGCAAAGUCAAGAAGGCCAUCGAAAGACAUUCCGGGAGAGAGGUGGCCAUCAAAUCCAUGCGGAAGGAGAAGAUCACAAACGAGCAGGACAUGGUGCACAUCCGCCGGGAGAUUGAGAUCAUGUCCUCCCUCCGACACCCCCACAUCAUCUCCAUCUACGAAGUGUUUGAGAACAGGGAUAAGAUCGUGAUCGUGAUGGAGUACGCCAGCAAGGGCGAGCUGUACGACUUCAUCAGCGACCGUCACCGUCUGAGCGAGAGGGAGACCCGCCGCUUCUUCAGACAGAUCGUCUCCGCCGUGCACUACUGCCACAAGAACGGGGUGGUGCACAGGGACCUCAAACUGGAAAACGUACUACUGGACGAAAACUGCAACAUUAAGAUUGCCGAUUUCGGGCUUUCUAACCUCUACCACAAAGACAGGCUCCUCCAGACGUUCUGCGGGAGCCCCCUCUACGCCUCGCCCGAGAUCGUGAAUGGGAGGCCGUACCGCGGCCCAGAGGUGGACAGCUGGGCGUUGGGCGUUCUCCUGUACACCCUGGUCUACGGGACCAUGCCAUUCGAUGGAGGAGACCACAAGAACCUCAUCCGCCAAAUCAGCAGCGGAGAAUACCGCGAACCUCCCCAGUCCUCAGACGCGCGCGGCCUGAUCCGCUGGAUGCUGAUGGUGAACCCCGAGAGGAGGGCCACGGUGGAGGACAUCGCCAGCCACUGGUGGGUCAACUGGGGCUGCAAGAGCAGCGUCUGUGACUGCGACCCCCCCUCACUGGGCCCCUUCGCCCGCCGGCAGGGCCGCGCCGACCCGCCCAAGCCCCCCGAGAGCGCCCCGCUCACCCACCAGCGGCCCAAGAAGGCCAAGAAGGAGAACGAGGCGUCGCCGGAGGAGAAACCCGGGCUGAAGAGGCCCAAGAGCAUCCUGAAGACCAGGCCUGCGGGGUCCUCCCACAGCCAGGGGGAGCUAGACCCCACGGCCCUCCCGCGCACCCAGGAGGGGGGGUCGGCCUCCAGCCCCGAGAGGGAGGACGAGGAGCAGGCUCUGGCCGGGGGGUCCCCUCCCAAAAUGGUGCCGUCCCUCCCCAAGAAGGGCAUCCUGAAGAACAGCGGCCAGCGGGAGUCGGGGUACUACUCCUCCCCGGAGCGCAGCGAGUCCUCCGAGCAGCUGGGGGGCGCCACGCUGCUCUCGCGCUCCAGCUCGCCGCCCAAGAGAGCGGCGAGGAAGAGCAUCCUGAAGCGGCGCGGGAAAUGCUCGGCCCGCGGAGGCCCGGCGGGGGGCGGGGAGGACCCCCGGCUGUCCCGCAGUCAGAGCCGGCCCUCCAGCCUGGUGGGGGGGGAGGAGGAGGGUCUGGGGGCCCCCCCCCGGCCCAGCCUCCGGCCCUGCGUCUCCGCCCAGAACCUGCUGCGGCCGGGCGGCUUCGGGGGGGACCGCGGGGGCAGGGCGCGGGGGCGGCGGGGGUCCCCCGCGGAUAAUGGCAGCUUCUCGCUGCUGGAGGACCUGGACGACGUCACCCAGGUGUACCAGCAGGCCCUCGACAUCAGCGGCAGCCUGAGCUAGAGCCCCCCCCGACGACCAGUACACUGCUGGGAUACCACAACACUCACACACACACACACACAUACAUACACACACACACACACACACACUCACACACUCACACACACCCAGCCCACACACAUUACCCUGCUGCCACUCCACCCCCCCUUCAGACACUGUCCGCUGUUUCCAUGUUUACAUCAUCACCAAGCGACCAGUCACAGUCUACAUCCACAAGCGGCCAAUGGGACUCCACGUCCACAAGCAGAGCCAGCUGCAGGCACCUUAAAUCCCAAAAGGAAGCAUGUGAUCCUUCCCGCCUUUUCCUCCUCUAACAAUCCAACCAGGUUCUUGCUCUGAAAACGUGAUUAUGAUAAUUAUUUGUGUGCCAUUUCCUGAACGGCUCUCAGCCUGUACUGCAUAAUCUUGAUCGCGGCGUCUCCGAUCUCUGGCGGAACUGACGUUGUACGAACAUUCUCACCCAAGUCGACGAGCUCAUAGCCGACAUUACGGAAAUGCUUCGCGCUGAAGACGCGAGGCAGCAUCUAUCACAAUGGAAGCAUUUAUCUCCCGUAUAUAUAAACGCGUAUGUUUGGUGUUAGAAAUAUAUACCCCUGCCCCCUUUAUGGGAAGUGCCUUCCGAGUGCCAUGUGAAAUUAUGUAUGUUGUUUCUCAAAAGUAGAGGGGGAGAUGCCAAGUUUCAAAAUGAAUGUUCGAAGACCCAGGACCUUAAACGACAAAACUUUCUUUGGGAGUGCAGCCAGGGUCAGUGUUAGGCCCCUUUUCAUUUCGCAUUUCAGACUUGCAGGGCUGAUCCAGGGUCAGUUUUGCGGUUUGAUCCUAAUGUAUGAGGUUAGGAUACGGCCAGGAGGAAACUGAUCUGGGAUCAGCUCUACUCUGGGUAUCUUAGUGGGUUUCCACUAAGCACUGUAUGUUGAAUGUUUGGCUGAGAGGCUGCUUUACAGGGGAGUCGGUCAUGUGACCAGUCCAGAGCCUGCCCCCAAAUGGUGACAAAAAUCACAACUGAUGGCCCUCACCCAAACUGUCGCAUUUGUGGCCUGUCCCAAAAUAUUAUACAUGAGGUUCAACACGCCUGAAAGCUUAGAUUUAGCAGUGUUGCCGUUUUGUCAGUAGCGGAACAAGAAUUGGAGCGACUGAGAUUUGGAACGAAGGCUGGGUGAAACCUGAACCCAUUUCAGACAGCUGCAUUGUCAUUUUGGGAAGAGCUCAUAACAUGAGAAAAUAUUAACAUGUUAUUAACAUGUUGUUAGCGUGCUGUUAAUAUGCUAUUAACAUGGUAUAGAUUAAUUUCUGUAGAAGGUAAGUGAGGGGAGUAUGUAGAGGAGCUUUAUAGGAAAGGCUAAUAGUUUGCUGGAUCAAAAAUGAGUGGAUGAGUACUGUAAUGUUGUAGUUGGGCCUUUAAACUGGAAUGAGAGGGUUUGGUUUGCUCUCCCUGCUCUUCCGGUAAAGGUUUCGGAAGGUACCUCAGAUGAGUGGAGCAGCUUAAGCGUAGCUCAGAUGAGUGGAGUAGCUUAAGUAUUGAGGAACAGUAGAGUUGAAAGCAGUGAAAGGUUGAGUCGGGAAAGGAAUGGAAAAGAGUCAGGGAUGUCUUAGAAGUUAAAUACGGGGCGUAGCCAGGGGAGGGAUACAAACACACAGACACUCAUUCACACACUCACACACACAUAGACACACAGACACGCACACUCACACACACACACACACAGACACACAGAGAACAGGGCGUCUGGAGCCUGUUGGUGUCCCAGCGUAUUCCUGUCUGCUUGGAGCACCGCAAACACAAACGUCACAUUAUGCAACAGGGCGGGGAGGCAGCCCGCAAAACCAAUCCCUCCCGUCAAAUUUGAAUGUUUUUUUUAAAAAGGGUCAGCAUGUCGCAACAAGGUCCUGGGUAUAAAAAAAAGUAAAUAAAAAUGACAAAAAAAAGGGAAAACCAACCCUUAACUGGAUUCAGUGAUGAAAUUAUACUAUGUUAGUAUUUUACUUUUAUUAUGCUUGUUUUUGAUUCUCCAAAAUAUAGAAACUGAUUGAUGCUUUGUUUUGUGGCAGAAAGCCCGUUUGCCUUCGAAUUUCUCAGUGAAUCUCGGUGAAGCGCCAGCAAACGUGCCUGUGCGUGCGUGCCUACGGUCUGUGCGUGCGUAUGUGUGUGUGUGUAUGUGUGUGUGUGUGUGUGUGUGGACACAUUGGAACCCGAGAGCUGGCCUCCCUUACAGCCGCAUAACAUCACAGCCAGGAGAGCUUGGAACGUUCUUUCAGCAUUCUAAGGCGGUGUUCUAGAACUGCAUUGCUUUCCGUUACCGGGAGCGAUUGUUACAUCAGCAUUUGAAUGUUCAGUUCAGUUCACAUUUGUGGGCUGAAGGUUGAGGCUAGUGGUCUCCAACCCUGGUCCUGGAGAGCGACAGGGUCAGCCAGUUUUCAUUCUUACUCCGCACGUAAUUAAGCAAUUGGAGGAGCAGUCGAUUACACAGUUAACUCACCUCACCUGGUUGCCUGGGUCUCGGCAGGGUGCAGAUUUUUAAGGUGAAAAUCCGUGAAGACCCAGUAGCUCUCCAGGACCAGGGCUGGUGACCACUGAUUUAAGAUAAGUGCAGCUCGUGCAAAUCUCGCCACUACUCGCACCGCUCCAGAGUCCCCACAUGGCGCUCGAUCCGUAUGCCUUUUCACGCCGUCAACAUAAAGCAAAUGCGCUUUUAUUGUGACGCCACAUCUCCGCGCCGCUCCCACAGUAACCCCCGCAGCGCCGUGGACACGUAUGUAAAACUAUAGACGGGACACGACACUAGAGCCACGGUCCUUUUCAACCAAAGUAAAAUAAACUUAGCUUGAGGACUGAGGUUGCACCAGAUGGGGAAAGAAAUCUGAAUAUAACGGCGCUUUCUGCCAAACUGGAAAGGAAUACUGCAUACUCGUUAAUUAGGACAAAGCACGAACAUAGGAAAACUUGACUGGAUAUUGUUAUGGUAAUGGUAUUAUAAUGUUAUUUAAUUUUUUAUUUUAUUUUAUUGUUUUUGCUUUUUUGUUUCGUUUUUUUUUUUUUUACAAUUCAUUGAUGUAACUGCCAUGAUUAUGGUUUCGGUAUCUACGUGUAACCCUGGAAAGCUGAGGUGGUCAUUGUUUAGUGCCUUCGCUAUAAUUACGAUUAUGUUUAUGAUAAUCAGUGUUUUUUUAUAUUUCUAUUUAUUGGUGGCCAGUUUAUGUGCUGCAUUGAUAACCUGUCCAUGUUAUGACUUGUGACCGGACAUGUAAUUGUUUUGGAUUGAAAUACUUCUCUACGCUUUACUGAGCUUGUCUGGUGAGUUUGAACCGAUCAAAAGUGCGCAAACCCCGCCUUCUGGUCCUCUUGGUUGGCUCAGCUGCGCCAGGCAAGAUCAGUCGAGCGCAGAGAACGUAUCCGACACCCGAGACGGAAGAGAAGUAGAUGCUGCACAAAAAGUCUUGACGUCGUCGAAGUUGCUGCAUCAGCUUUCGUGCGGUUUGAGAGAAGUCUACUGUUUUUCCUGGAUCGGUUGCCCUCCUUUGACCUGGGUGGUGGUGGUGGUGGGGGUGGGUCACCACCCUCU